CUCUGCUCUGGGUAAAGGUAAUAGAACCCUGGGAAAGGGACAGGGUCCCAAGGGAUGCUCCGGGGGACUGGUGGGCGAGAGUGAAUUUCCGAAGCAGAACAGAUAGUUUAUUAGAACAGAAAGAAAUGGAUUUAUCUGCUGUUCGUGUUGAAGAAGUGCAAAAUGUCCUUAAUGCUAUGCAGAAAAUCUUAGAGUGUCCAAUCUGUCUGGAAUUGAUCAAGGAACCUGUCUCCACAAAGUGUGACCACAUAUUUUGCAAAUUUUGCAUGCUGAAACUUCUUAACCAGAAGAAAGGGCCUUCACAGUGUCCUUUGUAAGCCUACAGGAAAGUACAAGAUUUAGUCAACUUGUUGAAGAACUAUUGAAAAUCAUUCACGCUUUUGAGCUUGACACAGGUUUGCAGUUUGCAAACAGUUAUAAUUUUGCAAAAAAGGAAAAUAACUCUCCUGAACAUCUAAAAGAUGAAUUUUCUAUCAUCCAAAGUAUGGGCUACAGAAAUCGUGCCAAAAGACUUCGACAAAGUGAACCCCAAAAUCCUACCUUGGAAACCAGUCUCAGUGUCCAGCUCUCUAACCCUGGAAUUGUGAGAUCGCUGAGGACAAAGCAGUGGAUACAGCCUCAAAAUACGUCUGUCUACAUUGACUUGGGAUCUGAUUCUUCUGAAGAUACAAUUAAUAAGAAAACUUACUGCAGUGUGGGAGAUCAAGAAUUGUUUCAAAUCACCCCUCAAGGAACCAGGGAUGAAACCAGUUUGGAUUCUGCAAAAAAGGCUCCUUGUGAGUUUUCUGAGAAGGAUAUAACAAAUACUGAACAUCAUCAAUCCAGUAAUAACAAUUUGAACACCACUGAGAAGCAUGCAACUGAGAGGCAUCCAGAAAAGUAUCAGGGUAGUUCUGUUCCAAACUUGCAUGUGGAGCCAUGUGGCACAAAUACUCAUGCCAGCUCAUUACAGCAUGAGAACAGCAGUUUAUUACUCACUAAAGACAGACUGAAUGUAGAAAAGGCUGAAUUCUGUAAUAAAAGCAAACAGCCUGGCUUAGCAAGGAGCCAACAUAACAGAUGGGCUGAAAGUGAGGAAACAUGUAAUGAUAGGCAGACUCCCAGCACAGAGAAAAAGGUAGAUCUGGAUGCUGAUCCCCUGCAUGGGAGAAAAGAAUGGAAUAAGCAGAAACCUCCAUGCUCUGAGAAUUCUAAUAAUGAUACUGAAGAUGUUGCUUGGAUGACACUAAAUAGCAGCAUUCAGAAAGUUAAUGAGUGGUUUUCCAGAAGUGAUGAACUGUUAACUUCUGAUGACUCACAUGACGAGGGGUCUGAAUCAAAUGCCAAAGUAGCUGAAGCAUUGGAAGUUCUAAAUGAGGUAGAUGGAUAUUCUAGUUCUUCAGAGAAAAUAGACUUACUGGCCAGUGAUCCUCAUGAUGCUUCAAUAUGUAAAAGUGAAAGAGUUCACUGCAAAUCAGUAGAGAGUAGUAUUGAAGAUAAAAUAUUUGGGAAAACCUAUCGGAGGAAGGCAAGCCUCCCUAACUUGAGCCAUGAAACUGAAAAUCUAAUUAUAGGAGCACUUGUUACUGAGCCACAGAUAACACAAGAGCAUCCCUUCACAAAUAAAUUAAAGCGUAAAAGGAGAGUUACAUCAGGACUUCAUCCUGAGGAUUUUAUCAAGAAAGCAGAUUUGGCAGUUCAAAAGACUCCUGAAAAGAUAAAUCAGGGAACUAACCAAAUGGAGCAGAAUGAUCAAGUGAUGAAUAUUACUAACAGUGGUCAUGAGAAUAAAACAAAAGAUGAUUCUAUUCAGAAUGUGAACAAUCCUAACCCAGUAGAAUCACUGGAAAAAGAAUCUUUCAGAAGUAAAGCUGAACCUAUAAGCAGUAGUAUAAGCAAUAUGGAACAAGAAUUAAAUAUCCACAAUUCCAAAGCAUCUAAAAAGAAUAGGCUGAGGAGGAAGUCUUCCACCAGGCAUAUUCAUGAGCUUGAAUUAGUAGUCAGUAGAAAUCUAAGCCCACCUAAUUAUACUGAAGUACAAAUUGAUAGUUGUUCUAGCAGUGAAGAGAUAAAGAAAAAAAAUUACAACCAAAUGCCAGUCAGGCACAGCAGAAAACCACAACUCGUGGAAGAUAAAGAACAUGCAACUGGAGCCAAAAAGAGUAGCCAGCCAAAUGAACAAACAAAUAAAAGACAUGCCAGUGAUACUUUCCCAGAGCCGAGGUUAACAAACAUACCUGGUUCUUUUACUAACUGUUCAAAUACUAAUGAACUUAAAGAAUUUGUCAAUCGUAGCCUUCCAAGAGAAGAAAAAGAAGAGAAACCAGAAACAGUUAAACUGUCUAAUGAUGCCAGAGACCCCAAAGAUCUCAUGUUAAGUGGAGAAAGUGUUUUGCAAAUUGAAAGAUCUGUAGAGAGUAGCAGUAUUUCAUUGGUACCUGGUACUGAUUAUGGCACUCAGGAAAGUAUCUCAUUACUGGAAGUUAGCACUCUAGGGAAGGCAAAAACAGAACCAAAUAAAUGUGUGAGCCAGUGUGCAGCAUUUGAAAACCCCAAGGAACUAAUUCAUGGUUGUUCUAAAGAUACUAGAAAUGGCACAGAAGGCUUUAAGUAUCCGUUGGGACCUGAAGUUAACUACAGUCAGGAAACAAGCAUAGAUAUGGAAGAAAGUGAACUUGAUACUCAAUAUUUGCAGAAUACAUUCAAGGUUUCAAAGCGCCAGUCAUUUGCUCUGUUUUCAAAUCCAGGAAAUCCAGAAAAGGAAUGUGCAGCAUUCUCUGCCCACUCCAGGUCCUUAAAGAAACAAAGUCCAAAGGUCACUCUUGAAUGUGAACAAAAGGAAGAAAAUCAAGGAGAGAAAGAGUCUAAUAUCGAGCCUGUAGAGACAGUUAAUAUCACUGCAGGCAUUCCUAUGGUUUGUCAGAAAGAUAAGCCAGUUGACUAUGCCAAAUGUAUCGAAGGAGGCUCUAGGCUUUGUCUAUCAUCUCAGUUCAGAGGCAAUGAAACUGAACUCAUUACUCCAAAUAAACAUGGACUUUUACAAAACUCGUAUCAUAUACCACCACUUAUUCCCACCAGGUCAUUUAUUGAAACUAAAUGUAAGAAAAACCUGCUAGAGGAAAACUCUGAGGAACAUUCAGUGUCAUCUGAAAGAGCAAUGGGAAACAAGAACAUCAUUCCAAGUACAGUGAGCACAGUUAGCCAUAAUAACAGAGAAAAAGCUUUUAAAGAAACCAGCUCAAGCAGUAUUAAUGAAGUAGGUUCCAGUACUAAUGAAGUAGGCUCCAGUAUUAAUGAAGUAGGUUCCAGUGAUGAAAACAUUCAAGCAGAGAUGGGUAGAAACAGAAGGCCAAAACUGAAUGCUAUGCUUAGAUUAGGGCUUUUGCAACCUGAGAUUUAUAAGCAAAGUCUUCCUAUAAGUGAUUGUAAACAUCCUGAAAUUAAAAAGCAGGAACAUGAAGAAGUUCAGACUGUUAAUACAGACCUCUCUCCAUGUCUGAUUUCAGAUAACCUAGAACAGCAUGUGGGAAGCAGUCAUACAUCUCAGGUUUGUUCCGAGACACCUGACGACCUGUCAGAUGAAGGUGAAAUAAAGGAAGAUACUAGUUUUGCUGAAUAUGGCAGUAAGGAGACUUCUGCUAUUUUUAGCAAAAGUGUCCAGAGAGGAGAGCUCAGCAGGAGCCCUAGCCCUUUCACCCAUACACAUUUGGCUCAGGUUUACCAAAGAGGGACCAAGAAAUUAGAGUCCUCGGAAGAGAACUUAUCUAGUGAGGAAGAGGAGCUUCCCUGCUUCCAACACUUGUUAUUUGGUAAAGUAAGCAAUACACCUCAGUCUACCAGGCAUAGCACUGUUGCUACUGAGUGUCUGUCUAAGAACACGGAGGAGAAUUUAUUAUCAUUGAAGAGUAGUUUAAAUGACUGCAGUAACCAGGUAAUAUUGGCAAAGGCAUCCCAGGAACAUCACCUUAGUGAGGAAACAAAAUGUUCUGGUAGCUUGUUUUCUUCACAGUGCAGUGAACUGGAAGACUUGACUACAAAUACAAACACCCAGGAUCCUUUCUUGAUUGAUUCUUCCAAACGAAUGAGGCAUCAGUCUGGAAGCCAGGGAGUUGGUCUGAGUGACAAGGAAUUGGUUUCAGAUGAUGAAGAAAGGGGAAAAGAUUUGGAAGAAGAUAAUCAAGAAGAGCAAAGUAUGGAUUCAAACUUAGGUGAAGCAGCAUUUGGGUACGAGAGUGAAACAAGCAUCACUGAAGACUGUUCAGGGCUAUCCUCUCAGAGCGAUAUUUUAACCACUCAGCAGAGGGAUACCAUGCAAGAUAAUCUGAUAAAGCUCCAGCAGGAAAUGGCUGAACUAGAAGCUGUGUUAGAACAGCAUGGGAGCCAGCCUUCUCACAGCUCCCCUUCCGUCAUAACUGACUCUUCUGCCCUUGAGGACCUUCGAAAUCCAGAACAAAGCACAUCAGAAAAAGCAGUAUUAACUUCACAGAAAAAUAGUGAAUAUCGUAUAAGCCAGAAUCCAGAAGGCCUUUCUGCUGACAAGCUUGAGGUGUCUCCAGAUAGUUCUACCAGUAAAAAUAAAGAACCAGGAGUGGAAAGGUCAUCCCCUUCCAAAUGCCAGUCAUUAGAUGAUAGGUGGUGCAUGCACAGUUGCUCUGGGAGUCUUCAGAAUGGAAACUACCCAUCUCAAGAGGAGCUUAUUAAGGUUGAUAUGGAGGAGCAACAACUGGAAAAGUCUGGGCCACAUGAUUUAAUGGAACCAUCUUACUUGCCAAGGCACGAUCUAGAGGGAACCCCUUACCUAGAAUCUGGAAUCAGCCUCUUCUCUGAUGACCCUGAAUCUGAUCCUUCUGAAGACAGAGCCCCAGAAUCAUCUCAUGCUGGCAGCAUACCAUCUUCAACCUCUGCAUUGAAAGUACCCCAGUUUCAAGUUGCAGAAUGUGCCAAGAGUCUAGCUGCUGCUCAUACUACUAAUACUGCUGGGUGUAAUGCAGUGGAUGAAAGUGUGAGCAGGAAGAAGCCAGAACUGGCAGCUUCAACAGAAAGGGUCAACAAAAGAAUGUCCAUGGUAGUGUCAGGCUUGACCCCAGAAGAAUUUGUGCUCGUGUACAAGUUUGCCAGAAAACACCACAUCACUUUAACUAAUCAAAUUACUGAAGAGACUACUCAUGUUGUUAUGAAAACAGAUGCCGAGUUUGUGUGUGAACGGACACUGAAAUAUUUUCUGGGAAUUGCAGGAGGAAAAUGGGUAGUUAGCUAUUUCUGGGUGACCCAGUCUAUUAAAGAAAGAAAAAUGCUGAAUGAGCAUGAUUUUGAAGUCAGAGGAGAUGUGGUCAAUGGAAGAAACCACCAAGGUCCAAGGCGAGCAAGAGAAUCCCAGGGCAAAAAGAUCUUCAGGGGCCUAGAAAUCUGUUGUUAUGGGCCCUUUACCAACAUGCCCACAGAUCAACUGGAGUGGAUGGUGCAGCUGUGUGGGGCUUCUGUGGUGAAGGAGCUUUCGUCAUUCACCCUUGGCACAGGUAUCCGUGCAGUUGUGGUUGUGCAGCCAGAUGCCUGGACAGAGGACAGUGGCUUCCAUGCAAUUGGGCAGAUGUGUGAAGCACCUGUGGUAACUCGAGAGUGGGUGUUGGACAGUGUAGCACUCUACCAGUGCCAGGAGCUGGACACCUACCUGAUACCCCAGAUCCCUCACAGCCACUACUGAUUGCAGCCAGCCACAGGUACAGAGCCACAGGGCCCCAAGAAUGAGCUUACAAAGUGGCCUUUCCAGGCCCUGGGAGCGCUUCUCACUCUUCAGUCCUUCCACUGUCCUGGCUACUAAAUAUUUUAUGUACAUCAGCCUGAAAAGGGCUUCUGGCUGUGCAAUGUUCCCUUAAAGAUUUUCUGCCUCAAGUCUCCCUUUGAAAUCUGCCAUGAGCACAAAAUUAUGGUAAUUUUUUACCUGAGAAAAUUUUAAAACCAUUUAACCACCACCAAUUGAGCAAGAUGCUGAUUCAUUAUUUAUCAACCGUAUUAUUUCUAUUAGGGCUGUUGGCUUAGGGCUGGAGGCACAGAGUGGCUUGAGAGAAUAGCUGGUUUCCCUAAGUUUGCUUCUCUUUAAAAAACCCUGUGUUCACAAAGGCAGGGAGUCAGACCCUUCAGUGGAAGGAGAGUACUUGGGAUCAAAUAUGUGACUUAAAAUCAGAAUUGUCCUUGGGCAGUUCUCAAAUGUUGGAGUGGAGCACUGGGGAGAAAAUUCUGAGGCAGGUAUUAGAUAUGAAAAUGAAACUUGAGGGCCAGGCAUGGUGGCUCACGCCUGUAAUCCCAGCAUUUUGGGAGGCCGAGGCAGGCAGAUCACUGGAGGUCAGGAGUUUGAAACCAGCCUGGGCAACAGAGAUGGUGAAACCCCAUCUCUAUUAAAAAUACAAAAAUUAGCGCCGGGCGCGGUGG